UGCAAAUCUUUCCCAGAGAUACACAUUCCCAUUCCCAUUAAUAAAACUCACAUAUCCAACAGGCUACAGUAUCUGAUCGACCGUAAUGUUGGCACAAGAAGCCAAGCCCUUUGCCAUUUAUCCAAGCUUUGCACGUUCGCUUCCACCCGGUCUUAGCAAAUCACCCCAAGCUGCGUGCGGGAAAACGCGUCCGCAUCACCGGGAGCUAGCAUUUGACAGUCAUUUGUAAAGUAAAGUGUAACAAAAUAAAUAUCCGCAAAUAGUAACAAUAAUACCGGUGUACCUAGGUAGGUAGUAUUCUCACUUACUCAUUAACUGAAGAAUCGGACAUUUGUUGAAUGAAUGUACAUACAAUGUAUUCGUGGAGGCGCGCAAUCGAUUAAGCCGCGGCUGCUUGAAAAUCAUCGGUUAGGCAAUGCUGAUCUUUGAGUGUGUUCCUAUUGGCUACGAUACUUCAACCACUCUCAUUUGAUACCUGUUUGAUCAAUCAAUUCAACACCAACCAAAUGUUGAAUAACAAGUCAACGAUGGUGAUGAAAAGGGUAUCCGGGGUUUUGGAUAACACACCAGAGACGCCGUCCAGCUCAUGAUGUUGUUGAUAGUAUCAUGGAAUAACAUCGAUAUCUACCACUUUGUUGAGCUUAUCGAUAAAGAUUUGAUCGGGAUCUCUGCGAUCGGAACAACAACCGGGCCAGAUGAGGUUGCGAGCUCCAUAUUCAACCAUAGCCAAGUGUUCCUAAGUUGGGCUGAAGCUUUGGAAAUCGGAGAGGAAGUUGUGGGUCUCAUCGACAACCUUUCUAUUGGUCUCGCGGCACAUACUUCCCGACAAGACAAUUGUCACAAAGUUUAA